CAAUCUAUGCUAUCUGCGACACCUACACUCAUUGCCAACACAGUGACGGUCGGUUCAUCGGUCAACUGUGUCUCUUUCUUUUGCCUUGGCCAGUUUCCGCAUUCUGUGGCAGCUACCGUUUUGUCUUUAAGGCCAAUAUGUCAUCCAUGUUCUUCUGGCGCAAAGCGCGCCCGCCGACCCCUCUGCCGGGGUUUUUGCGCAAGGUAAAGGUUUGCUGCACGAUCGGGCCGAGUUGCGAAACUCCGGAGACCAUCCAGCAGAUGGUGACGGAAGGAAUGAACCUUGCGCGCUUCAAUCUGUCGCACGAGAACGCCGCCGCACACAAGAAGGCGAUUGGCACGGUCCGGUCGGUGACCGCGGCGUAUUCGCGCACGAAUCCGGUGGGGGUCUUUGUGGACACGAGAGGCAAGGAGAUUCGCACUACCAGUCGCGACAACCCUCUAGAUUUGGAAGAAGGCGCGCGGGUCCGGUUACGGUCCAGCUUCCAGUCGGGCGGGAGCAGCAGCUCGACGAGUAAUAGGGCGGCGAGCAGCAGUGCCUCUUCCAGUGACGAUCUGCCGCUGAUCCACUUGCAGUACCCCAACAUCCACGAACUCCUCCAGCCGGGGCACUCAAUACGCAUGCAGGACGGGGAAGUGCAGUUGACUGUGGAGUCCGUUGACGCCGCCGACCAGUCAAUUUUGUGCAACGUUUUGUUUGACGCAAAACUGGGACCGGAUCCAAAAAAUGUGCAUUUACCGCACGAAAUAGCCCUGCCCUCGACGGAGAUUUUGAAAAAGGAGGACGCGAAAGAUCUGGAGCAGUUGGCGCCGCUGGCGGAUGGGGUUUUGCUUUCCUUCACGGAAACGCCCGAGGAGGUAGAUUUGGUACGAAGGAAGUUUCCCGGCUUGGAAAUUGUAUCGAAAAUCGAAAGUGUCAAGGGCUUGAAAAACCUGGAUGACAUCAUCGACGUCAGCGACGGCGUGAUGGUGGCAAGGGGCGAUUUGGGGAUGGCCAUCGAGGAAGCGCUGCACUCCGUUCAGAAGUACUUUACUUGCGGUUUCAAGGCUUGCAUAGAGGUUUUCUUCUCAUGAUUUCGAGGGCAUAGUAGUGGGUGAAGAUGAACCCUAUGCAAAAAACGAUUUCAUGUGCUGUUCAGGUACAUCAUCAAAAAGUGCAACGACGUAGGGUGUCCGGUGUGGGUGGCCACACAGAUGCUGGAGUCGAUGAAGACCAGCAAGAAGCCCACGGUUGCUGAACUCUCAUAUCAAAAGGAAAAAUCCCCCCUCCCCAUAUCGAAUAGGAAAUCUGUGAUGCUGGAUUUGCGUACACAAUUCAGGUUUGUCUUGCAGUAGAGGACUGCUGGCAUAUGCCAACCCGGGGCAGCGAGGUUUUGACAUUGGCGCCUAGCAUUACAAAUGUCCACACUAUAGGCACAACAGGAUCUUGUUCACAAACAGCCUGCAUAACGCGGCGCAGCCUGUGGAGUUGCCUUCUUGCAAGACAGAGACGAUUUGUGGCCACAAAUCAGCACUGCAAAGCUUCUGUGGCUUCCUUUUUAAUAUGGGGAGGGGUGAUUUUUCCUUACGAUAUGUCCGACAUCUCGAACGCAGUGCUGGAUGGGGCGGAUACCCUGAUGUUGUCGGCCGAGACCGCAAGAGGGGACUACCCCGUCGAUGCCGUCUCCACCAUGUCGAAGACCGCGUUUGACGCACAACGACAGAUGGAACUCGCCGCUAGCGUGAAGCUCAGACAAGAGGUAAGUACUGGUUUUGCAAUAUUAAUUUCACCUAACUCAUAAUAUGACCAACUCGGUAUCUUGUCGAUCUCGGUAGGACUAAGCAUCAUCGAUUUCCAUCUCGAAACACUAUUAAUUUCACCUGCAGGUGCAGAGCAACUACCAGAAGACACAUCGGCGACUGUUCAAGGGUAUCAUCAAGCCGCGCCUGCAGCGCGACGAGCUGGAAGAAAACAACGGCGCGACUGACGCCGUGUACUUCGAGAACAAGCACUUGCUGAAGGAACUGCAAAGGAAGACCACCAUGGACCAGUACGAAAAAAUCGGUGAUCCACUUCCUGGCAUGGACGUCGGGGGUCAGGACAACAGCACGGACGUAUAACUGUUUCGUGAUUUUGACCGACUGAUAUGUAGCGUUUUCCGACUUUCGUUCAGCGUUUCGUUUUUCUGUUGCUGGUGCUGAUCAACAUCGUGUAUCAUGAUUGUGAUUCCAAAAACCACUACAGGCCUUGAUCGAGGAGAUCAUCGUUCGCAAUGCGACGCAGAUAGCGAACGACGCGAACUGCAAGCUGAUUCUUGCGAUCACGGAAUCCGGUCUCACCGCUUCUUUGCUAGCGAAAUACCGGCCCUCCGCGGUGGUUCUGAUGCUCACCGAUUCCAAGGAGACACAGAAGAAAUUUCUCCAAGUCCGCGGGGUGCGACCUGUGCUGAUAGAAAAUUGCGGGAAGCUGGGCGAGCAGCUCCUGUCCUAUUACGACGGCCAGAACCGGGAUAGCCUCGAAUACGUGCGGCAAAAUACGACAAACAUGAUCGACGCCUUCGAGCAGGAAGGCAUGAAGUUUGCCAAGGAAGCCAAUCUCGUCCAGAAGGACGACAAAGUCCUCCUUUUGAGAAGCAUGCCGGCUGGCUACGAUCAAAUGCUCAAGAUCCUGCAAGUUUGAUUCAUAUGACAUAAUUCAGUGGUAGAUUAGAACUUGAAGACUAGUACUGUGCGCAAUGGAAAUGAAUGAUACGAGGAUGCAGACUGGUAUACCGGCAAGCCAAGAA